UAACUUAUGUUUUCUUUCUUUUCCAUGUAACAAAAACAAAACAACUCUUUUCUAACCUUCACAUGAAAAAAGCUUUGUGCAGCAUAAUGAAGCUUAAGAGAGCAAGGCCAUUCAUAGCCAUUAUCUUCAUACAGUGUUUGUACGCAUUGAUGUCUAUAGUAGCAAAAUUAGCUUUGAACGUUGGAAUGAGCCCUCACGUUUUAGUUGCUUACCGGAUGGCAGUUGCGUCAGUUCUCAUUACUCCUUUCGCCCUCGUCCUUGAAAGGAACACAAGACCACGGAUGACCUUCAAAAUCUUCCUUCAAAUAGCUAUCCUUAGUUUAUUUGAGCCUGUGGUGGAACAAAACCUGUACUACUCAGGGAUGAAACUUACCACUGCCACUUUCACAUCGGCUUUGUGCAAUGCACUUCCUGCAAUGACAUUCAUAAUGGCCUGCCUUUUCAAGCUUGAGAAGGUAACAAUCAAAAAGCGUCACAGCCAGGCAAAGCUGGUGGGAACCAUGGUGGCUGUUGGAGGUGCAAUGCUCAUGACAUUCGUGAAAGGGAAUGUCAUUGAGCUGCCUUGGACAAAGAACUCAAAGGGUCUUAAUGGACAUUCACAUGCUAUGAGGAUUCCAAAACAGGACGAUAUAGCAAAAGGAUCAAUUAUGCUUGUAGCAAGCUGCUUCAGUUGGUCAUGUUACAUUAUUUUUCAGGCAAAGAUUCUGGCUCAAUAUCAAGCUGAGCUCUCGCUAACUGCUCUAAUGUGCAUUAUGGGGAUGUUGGAGGCUACUGUUCUGGGAUUGAUAUGGGAAAGGAAAAACAUGUCAGUCUGGAAAAUCAAACCAGACGUGACGCUUUUAGCUUCAAUAUAUGGGGGACUUGUCUCAGGGUUAGCAUACUAUGUUAUUGGAUGGACGUCAAAGGAGAGAGGGCCUGUUUUUGUGAGCGCAUUCAACCCGCUCAGUAUGGUUCUAGUUGCUAUUCUGAGCACCUUUAUUUUCUUGGAAAAUAUGUACCUAGGAAGGGUUAUUGGGUCAGUUGUCAUUGUCAUUGGGAUAUAUUUGGUACUGUGGGGUAAAAGCAAGGACAAGGGAGGGAAGCUUCAACCAAACGCUGGGUGUGCAGAGACUGUGGUAAAGAUUGAUGAACAGAAGGUUCCCACGCCUGAUAAUAACCGAGUAGUACCCACCAGUGACCAGAUAAUGAUCCCAACAAAGGCAGCAGCUCGAUCUCAGGAGUCAGUCUGAGACGCCGAUUUUGUUCCAUGAUCUCUCUAUAUAUACCGCUUAACAUUUUUGAUAGUAUUGAUAUGAUGGUUUGCCAGAAUAAGAGCAAGUAUUGGGCUACAGAAGUCUCAUAAAAGCUUAGAAUUUGGCUAUCCUUGCAGUAGUUUAUGUACUUUAGUAAAAGAACUAGACUUCAUCAUAGCAGUACACGCUUCUGAUUUAUUAUAUCAGAAGCUAUAGUUACAGAGAGAUUAAGAAUGGAUUUCACUUACGACAAAAACCUUCCAGUUGAUAACUUCUCUUCUCAAGAGGCCAAAGUGGCUGCAUCCUUCCCAUAGAUACGCUUAAGCUCAAGGCUGGCAACUUGAUAUGAAGCUGAAAAGAGACAUAAGUAGAACCAAUCAUUGGCUUUUGUAUCUUGUUGUCAUGCUCUAAGCAGCUAUAUCCUAUUAAAAUGUCUAUGUUGCAUUACUACCUUUCCAGAUGUUGAAAUUCUUAUGGUUGA